GGCAGUAAUUACGGAAAUUAAGAUUACAAAACUUGACAUAUUAUAAAUAGAAAAGCAGAUUAGACAUGUCAGAUAUCAUCAUCACUCACCAAGGAAAGUGCACAACUCUCUGUUCUUUCCGUAUUUUUCCGUAUUCUCUUCAUCUAUUUGCUGCUUACAUUUUAUCAGGAAGUAUUUCAUAUGGAAGCCUUAGCUGUUGUUGGGGGGAUUUUGUUCCCCAGCCUUGAUGAGAGCACUAGAAUCCUAGGGGGUAAAGCUGACUACCUAGGAGCCAGGAUAGAUGACGUUGAAAGAGAAUCCUUCUCUGAUCAGGUUCAAAGAGGCACGAAGCGAAAGAUUUACAAUGAUCUCUGCAUAUGGGUGGGUGAAGGUAGGAAGCUUUUGAAGGUAGCAGAGAAGGUGUCUCAGGGUGUGGAAUGUGGGAGCUUUCUAAUGUGUGCAAAGAAGCGAAAGGUUGUGGACAAAUUGGCUGGAGCACUGGCAGUUCAUGAGAAGAAGGGUGAUAUACUCUACGAACAUGCCUUGUCUGAUGAACUAGGUCCAUAUCGUGGUAAUUAUCUACCUGUGAAGGAAUUGAUGGGGCGAGCAACUUUGAAUACUUUGGUGGAACUUGAGCAUCUAGUAUUGGCUGUAUUGCAGGAUGCUGAGGUUGGACGGAUUGCUAUUUGUGGAAGAGAAGGAAUUGGUAAGACCUUUUUGAUGAAGCAUCUGCAUAAUUCUGUGUUAAAAUGGGUUGAGAGGUUUGAUUAUGUUUUCUGGGUGACCUCCCCUGAUGGGUUCAGCAUCAAGAACGUGCAAGAUGCUGUUGCUGCUGUGGUGAAGUGUGAUCUUGCUAGUGAUGAUGACUUGAAUGUAAGGGCUAGAAAACUGUCAGAUACAUUUGCAGUUCUUGGCAGUUUUGUGCUUUUCUUAGAUGGUGUGCCAGAAGGAGAUCUCAAUCUGGACCAAAUAGGAAUUACAGCCCCUGCAGAAGGAAGCGAGCGCAAGCUAGUAUUAACUACUAGCUCGACCUUUGGGUGCAGAAUGUUGGAUGGUUUUGGAACAGUUGAACUUGACCGUCUUUCAGAAAAGGAAGCAAUGCAAUUGUUCAUGCAUGAAGCCAAAAUUGACAUGGCAUCUGUACUUUUGCUUAAUAAUAUUCCUAGCUUGCUUGCAAAGAAGUGUCGUGGAGUACCACACAUGAUUGUGGACAUAGCUUCUCGAAUGCGCGGUGUUGAUGACCUUCAUGAAUGGAGAAAUGCACUGUUUGAAUUAGGAACUCUUGAGAAGAGAAGCACAUUCUCCAAUUCAGGUCAGAAUUCAUGAACAAGGGUUGUGAAAAUGAAGAAAUAUCUGCUUUUGCAUUCCUUUCUCUAUUGCUCUCGGGUGAGGAAUCUUCUGCUUGUCUCAAGGUUAAUCAAGGGCUUGUGCUUUUCAAUUUUAUUUAUUUAAGUUUCAGAAAAUAAAACUUACUUUAGCAAAAAUAAGUUCAGUAAGAUAAGUUUAAUUUAGUAAAUUAGUCCAACAAAUAUAAGUUUAGUUUACAACCAGAAUAAAUGGAGCCAAAAUUAAGUGGAAACAAUUCAAUUUAGCAAAAAAUAAGUGUAGUUUAGAAAAAAUUAGUUAAAUCUCUAUAAAAGUACAGUAAGGUCAGCAAAAAUAAGUCAUGUAGUUAAAAUAAGAGUUGAAAAUAAUGAAUUCCCUAUGACUAUAGUUGCAGUUUGCAUGUCAAGAAUAAAUUUUAUGUUGAAAUAAAAUUUGAAAUAAGAUACACUCUAGGGUUCUUUUUACGACUUAUAAAUAAAAAGCUUGUAGCAAAAUACAGCAAGUAUAAUGCAGCAAAAUAAGUAUCAUUGUAGUAAGAAUGUGUUCAGAAAAAUAAGUUUAUACCAAAAACUAAUGCAAUAAAUUUAAUUACAGAAAAGAUAAGUUUUAGUUUAUAACCAAAAUAAGUUGAGUAAAAAUAAGUUCAAUUCAGCAAAAAUAAAUUUAGUUUAGCAAAAAUAAGUCGAUUUCAAUAAAAAUAAGUUGAAAGAACAGACCUUUCGACCUUCAGAAAGUUGUAGAUUACCUCUUCUUCGAGUAACUGUCCGUUGUGGUGAUGUAGACACACUUGUAAAGAACUUGUUGGUGCGAACUUCCUCGAUUACAACAGAGAGAUGCCUUCAGGAUCGAUGCUCAGAAUUCAGCUGUAUGUUGUAGUUUGCAAUUAGGCUGUCAGAAGGAAAACACCUGAUUUAAUGCCUUCAGGAUCGAUUCUCAGAAUUCCGAAGUGAAGGCAUAUAUGCAUUGACUCAAGCCACAAGGGUGUAUUAUUGAUCAGUCAUAAAACAUCCAUAAUUGGUAAGAGAAUAACACACCGGGAAUUAAGUGGUAAAACAUUAUAACAUUGUUCUUUAGGACUUAGGAGGGAAGACAUACAAAGAACAUUUUACACACUGCUGUCAGAUUCAGAUGCUGAGCACUCUGAUGUGCAUUCUUCUGCAAGCUGGUAUUCUGGAGCCUGGAGUUUCCUCAUCUUCUUUGGCCUUCGCACUUGCUCACAAAUACACGAUACUCACAUUGCCUUGGGAAUCUUGAAGUUGCUCAUUUGCUGAGGAAUUGCAGCGAAGGAUGUUGCUCUCAUGUACUUUUGAGCUCGCGUUAGCCAUCAAUAAACCAAGUACCCUUAUGCUUUUGUAGGUUUAUGGAGACUGAUUGCAGCAAUAAAGAGUUCAAAGAGAUAAGCAUGCAGAUCAUAGCUUAGGACAAAUAAAUCAAUCUUAGUUCCCUACUCUUAAUAAUACUUGGCCGAGGUUCUAAUCCAUCGGGGUCAUUUACUUGAAAUAAUUAGAACAAGAUGUAUUUCCAUCUGAUUUUUGUUUGGUUCACUGUUUAUGAUAUUUAAGUUUGUGUCAAUAGCUGGGAUUAUGAUUACUGUAGCUGAAUGUUUUAACCUGUAUGAUAAUGGUGUUCAAGGUUUCUUACUU